GCGGCGGGCUGGCUGGCUGGCGGGGUCGCGGUGAGGGGGGCCUCGCCUGCCCUCGCCUCCGGAGCCGGGAAGCUGCCGCGUUGCUCUCGCCUGGCCGGGCCCCGCCGUCAGCAGCAUGGUCUGGAAAACUCUCUCGCUGUUUUGUGCCCUGGUGGCCGUCGCCCGGCUGCGAGCGGAGGAAGAGCCAAGGAGCAAAUCCAAAAUCUGUGCCAAUGUUUUCUGUGGAGCUGGACGGGAAUGUGCUGUGACAGAAAAGGGAGAGCCAACCUGUCUCUGCAUUGAGCAAUGCAAACCUCACAAGAGGCCUGUGUGCGGUAGCAAUGGAAAGACCUACCUGAACCACUGUGAACUGCACCGUGAUGCCUGCCUCACUGGCUCCAAGAUCCAGGUGGACUACGAUGGCCACUGUAAAGAGAAAAAGUCUGAGAAUCCAGCUGCCAGUCCAGUUGUCUGCUACCAGUCGGACAGGGACGAGCUUCGUCGCCGUGUCAUCCAGUGGCUGGAAGCUGAGAUUAUCCCAGAUGGUUGGUUUUCCAAGGGCAGCAACUACAGCGAAAUCCUGGACAAGUAUUUCAAGAGCUUUGAUGAUGGUGAUUCUCGCCUGGACUCCACCGAAUUCCUGAAGUUUGUGGAGCAGAAUGAGACUGCUGUCAACAUCACCACCUACAUGGACCAGGAGACCAACAAACUGCUCAGGGGACUCUGCGUAGAUGCCCUCAUCGAGCUGUCUGAUGAAAAUGCUGACUGGAAACUCAGCUUCAACGAAUUUCUCAAGUGCCUCAGCCCAUCCUUUAACCCACCAGAGAAAAAGUGUGCUCUGGAAGAUGAAACCUAUGAAGAUGGAGCAGAGACCCAGGUGGAAUGCAACCGCUGUGUCUGUGCCUGUGGGAACUGGGUGUGCACUGCAAUGACAUGCGAGGGGAAGAAUGAGAAGGUGCCUGGUCAGAGACGGCAACCUGAACAAGACUUGACUGAGGAGGAGCUGGCUCGAUAUGUUCAGGAACUGCAGAAGCAUCAGGAGACGGCUGAGAAAACCAAGCGAAUGAGCACCAAGGAGAUGUAAGGGGCCUCCACACAGGAGGAGCUUAGGAGGAUGGGCCCAACCUGCCAUCCUGUCCUCCAGUGCUGAUCUCAGUAUGCACAAGUGUCUGCUACAGUCGCCCAGUCACAGAUAUCUACAUUGUAUAGCGAUGGGUUAUUUGUUUUGUAAUUCACAGAGAAAUGGGGCCAGGGAAGGGGAGCACAGCCCACCUGUUCAGGGAGCUUCACUGUUGGGGAUUUGGAAGGCUGGGAGGGAAAUACAGCAGCCUCUGGGAACCUUUCCCAGAGCAGAGAGCUGCUCCCUGCAAGAGCUAACAGGGGUUUCUGUGCCCCUGGGUCUGAGGAAAGGAUGGAGGUCAGUGCUGGAUAUAAAAGGGGUCUUCAACCAAUACGGUCAUCAGCACCAGCCAUGGCUGCAGAAAAAAAUACAGGCCAGACAGUUCUGUGGCUGAGCGUGUGUGCAGCAGGGCAUCAUUAGCCAAGGACCUUGUCCUGCUUAUCCUCCCCUUCCAGCCUCGUGAGACAUCUGGAAGUUUUGAUAACAUGGUGCUGGUAUGAGUCUAGCACAUUCCUCCUUGCUUUCCAGCGGACUGUCCCCAGCAGCUCCUCCAGUACAUUGUGGGCUCCAACACAACAAGGUUCCUUUUGACCUCAUCUCGCUCUUACUCUCCCUACUCCCUCCUUAAAGGUGCUAUCAUAUUUUUUCUUACCACAUUCACAUGCUGACUCCCCCUUUUGUUUUGUUCUGUUUUUUAUUACUUUAUUUCCUAUGGUAGUAAUUCAGUUUUUGUAUGUUUCGUAGCUCUAGAACUUUCAAGAAAACCCUACCUGUGGGUUUUUGUUACUGACAGUGCUGUAAUGUCCAUGCAUAGUUUGUAUCACUCUGCACUCAGCCACCACAAGCAACACAAGCAACUUGUGAGCCCUACACUGCAGGGUAUUUCUCAGUUGGGGAUGGCAACAUCCUGUGUGGGGAGAAGAGACAGGGCUGGAUGUAAUUAGUUCCACCAGGCACAGAUCAACACUGCAACUCUCUCUAGCUCUUGCUCCCUUGGCUACCACUGAUUUUGUGCUCAGAGUCCAUGCUCAGCCCUCCAUAAAUUGCCUAGAGGGAACUGCCAGGUAGUCUAGAGACAGAUGGACUGGGCAGUCCCAUUGAGUAGGGUAUUUUAAAAUACCUAACUACAUAGAAAACUGUUUAGCUGAAGUCUAGGUGAAGUUAGCCAUCAUCUUGGGGUCUUCAUCUCCAGCUGGGGUAAGGUAUCAGUGUUCUUUGAUUCCAGGGCUAGGUUUGGAGUCAAGACUGGAAUCCUCGCUCCUGAGGCAUAUCACAGUGUCCCUGAUCAGACCAUCUUUGACAACUGUUGCAUCCCUUCAUGGGUCAUUUUCUUCUGGCUUCUUUCUGAGAGCAUCGGUCCUAGUUAUGAAUGUUACUCUUUUUUUGACAAUCACCUCUCUAGCGUCAAGCCCAGCUGAUUUUUUCCUGAAGUUGUCAAAUGUACUUUUACACUCUCUUGUGUAAUACUUACACAAACAACCUGUUUCCACAUUCCCUUCAUGCCCCUGCUGGGCAUCCCAAGCAGUUGCAUGAGUUGAGAUGACUGCCUAUGACUUCAAUCUUCCUGAUCACAAACAAUUUCAGCAAUUGUUGAAAUUGUUUUGCAGUCCUUAGUACUUACUCAAGCAAAACUCCCUACUUGCAUCAGCAGAAGCAUGUUCCACUUGAGUGAAGAUCAGCAGGGCUCGUGUCCCAACUGUCCCCUUUAUGCACAAUGCUUGAAAAAGCAGAAUGAGCUGGGGUGUAGCAAGUGCAGGAAAAGAAGAAAGUUUGGUCCCUGCUAUGAUCUGACUUUUGCAGUGGGAAUAAUAAUCUGCCCCACAAUGCUUGGAGGUUUUAGCAUAAUAAAUACAGAAAAGGGCUAUUUCUUCUCCCUCGAUGAUCCCAAUUUGAAAUGCUAUCACCCGUGAAGGUGAGGAGAGUCAAUAUAUAGGAGAUGAGAGGAAGGCCAAGUUCAAGAGCAGGACAGCACUACACUGGGAACACAGUGGAGUCAAAUUGUUUGUGUUCCCCCAUUCCCGCUGGUGGCACUGGAGGAAGUGGUUGGUGGAACAGGAGCAUCCAUUAGACAUGCCCUCCUCCCCAAUGGUAUGAGCAAAGCAGCUUCAUAUGCUGGAUAUGGAGUUGCAGGAACAUUGUUAGUAAAUGUUUUGCUUUAUUCCAGUCCUAUUCUGAAAGUUAGUUUGUGCCUCUCAGCUCAGUUCCUCCCAACUUAAUCAUUAAAGUGCCUUAGAGAAAACACAACAACUUGCCUUAAAGGCUUUCCCUGGAUGGAAACAAUGUCUUAUUGUUCAAUCAAGAUCUCCAACUGGGAGAAGAAAAGCAUGUGUAGGGGUGGCUAGUCCAAAGCUGAAGGGCUUCUGUAGGCUGUGAUUACACAAUACCUUCUCCAGUCUGCUUCCUGUCUCCUGUGGAUGUGCAGUCCAUGAGGGUGGCUGCUGGGGUCAUCUGGAGUGUUGCAUGCUGGCAGUUGUAGUUUACAGAGCUUGCACUUUUACUGAAGGCAUAUGGAUUGGCUGCUGUCUCUCUGGAGCAAGCCAAGGUAAGCUCUCUGAUAAGCCAUAUAACGUAAGUCUAGCAUAGUCUGGGGCAGUGUGGUAGGAGUGUAGUGAACAGAUGCCUCCACGGGAAGAGCUGCCACUUGCACAGCCUCUUCCUCCUCGUGACUUCAAAGGGAGAAUGUAACCGGAGAAUGAUGCUGGUUCCAAGGGCUAUGGUAUCCGAAUGGUACCUAAGCACCUCGCCUCCCCACCCAGAGAGGAAAGGCAAGCUUUCGGUGAGCAGUGCCCAGGCUGUAACCCACUACAGACUGGUCUUUCACCAACUUCUGCAGGGUGAUUCAGCUAAUGAGGAAGGAUGCGCUGAAUGCCAAAUGUCCUCUGGGACAACGGCUGUAGAGACAAGGGCAGGGAAGGCAUUUGUUUUCAAAAAGCCAAAUUUAAGGAAGAAACAAAAAACGCCCACUCCUCCCUCUAUAUUCCCUCCUGUACGUGUGUGAAAUUUAUCAGUAUUCUGUAGGUUUUCUUAGUGCACAUAUUUUACUUGAUUUUGUAAUGUUUUUGAAGCAGGGGGGUUUGGAUAUUACUGCCAAAUAAAUGAAACAAAAUUUUAAAAA